CAGGAACCUUCUUUCUCUUGUUUGUUCUUCCAAUUUCAACUUUGAACCUUCCAUUAUCAUUCAAGCAUAGGCAACAAUUUCUUCCACAUUAUCUUUUGAUUACUAAUUUGCCUUUGAAACUUCGCUUUCAGAUCAAUAGCCUCCCAACUUCUGAACCACCCGAUUUUCUACCACAAGCAUUGUUCGCGAACGAGAUCAGCUCCUCUAAACACAAUGGCUGGACCGAAUCCGGUUGACAACGGGAAGAAGCGCGCGCGCUCGACUUCAAGAACUCCUUCCCCUCCGCGACAGCGCAAGCGUCCGGGUGCCGGUGCCCGAUUCUCUCAAGCCGAUCGCGAAGCUGCGCGUAGGCGACAACAAGAUCGCGAACAGGAAGAGGACCGUCAGAAACAUGAAGAAGCAAAGUCACGCGGAGUUCAUGACGUUGUGAAGCAGCACUACAACAUGGUGCCCGAGCGAGGUCGCGAAUGGCGUGUGACGGACAGUAAGAUCAAAGGUCUGCGAAGCUUCAACAACUGGGUCAAGUCUUCUACCAUCCAGAAGUUCAUUGGCAAUGAGAGACAUCUCAACAUUCUUGAUAUUGGCUGUGGAAAAGGUGGAGACCUUCAAAAAUGGCACUCGUCUCGACGAGUGGGCCUCUACGUUGGUUGUGAUCCUGCGGAUGUGUCUAUCAAGCAGGCAAGAGAUCGAUAUGAGCAGAUGAAAAGGCGCGGACGAGUCUUUGACGCUCAAUUUCACACCAAGGAUUGCUUCGGGGAGUCUCUCGCGGACAUUGAUAUCAUUCGCAGAGUUGGCAUUGAUCCUAGUGUUGGCCCAAAUAAUGCGAUCAGCCAACGCUGGGGCGGAGGUGGUUGGGACAUGGUGACUAUGAUGUUUUGUAUGCAUUACGCUUUCGAGAACGAGGAGAAAGCAAGGGGCAUGCUACGGAACGUCGCAGGUUCAUUGAAGAGAGGAGGUCGCUUCAUUGGAUGCAUACCCAAUUCAGAUGUCCUCUCAGCCAAGGUCAUCGAACACCACAAAGCCAACGGAAAAGCCGCAGAAGGCGAGAACGGUGCUGCGGCCGAUGAAGACGACGACAGGCCUACAUUUGCGAGCGACGAUGAGGAAGAUUGGGAUCCUGAGAAAAGUCUGGAUAGCCCGAAGCCUCAAGAGACAGAUCAAGAUGGUGCUCCAGCUACAGACGGUGCAAAUGGAGACGCCGAGGACGCGAAAAAGGGAGCCGAUGCGGAAGACGGUGAAGUGGAGGAAGAAGGGUUUGAAUGGGGCAACAGUAUCUACAAGGUCAAAUUCCCCGGAAAGACCCCAGCGGACGGUACAUUUCGACCACCUUUUGGUUGGAAAUACUUCUAUUAUUUAGAAGAAGCUGUUGAUACAGUACCGGAAUACGUUGUCCCUUGGGAAGCAUUCCGCGCACUUGCUGAAGACUAUAACCUUGAGCUCCAGUAUAGAAAGUCGUUCAGGGAGGUUUGGGAGGAGCAAAAGGAUGAUCGUGAGCUUGGUCUACUAAGCGAAAGGAUGGGCGUUCGAGAGCGUGGCACUGGUCGUCUACUUACGACGGAAGAGGAGCUGGAUGCAGCCGACUUUUAUCACACGUUCUGCUUCUACAAGGUAUAGAUUUGGAGCGGUUGGUUUGGAGGCAAGCCUUGCCGGAGCAUUUUUUGGCCAAUGAAAGGAUGGAUACAUUGCAUUACCAUAGUGCAGCAAUAAGGAAUUCUAGCGCAUCUUUGUCCUUUGUUUCUCUCUGGCAUGUGGGGCCUCGGUGUGUGACCGCUCGUGAAAGUCAUCAAGCUCUUGAUUUAUAUUACUACAGUAGUGGCAGUGAAGGGUAUGAGAUUCUAUGUGCUCAUUGACGAAGGGGUGCCAAUGGAAUUCGCAGCUAAGAAGUCAG